AUUAGAAGUGGCUCGACUACGAGAUUGGAUACAAUGGAAGUGAAGGUGUAUGUGGAUGGAAUCCCUCGUGUGGUCUGUGGACUUACUGAGGACACGACAUGUCAGCAAGUGGUCAUAGCAUUGGCUCAAGCUCUAGGUCAGCCAGGACGCUACAUGUUGCAGGAGAAAUUUAAGGACUUUGAGCGUUACAUGAUGCCCAACGAAUGUCUCCUGGAGACACUUGAGAAAUACGGUGAGCAAGUGAAGGAAGUCCAGCUCAUCCUGAUUCACAACGGACCCUCAGUCUGGGAUGAAAUGAGCAGAGCUAAAGUGGGCAGAUACCAACCUUGCCCACCACUGAGGAGAAAAGAUGUGGUGAGCAAAAUGCGGCGGAGCAGUGGUUCCCUUACUUUACAUCGCCAAAGCUUGCCACCAUUGAACUGUUUGAAGGAGGAAACGGAGCAGCAAAAAGAUGUGAAAAGACCUAAAAGAAAGUCCCUGACACUAAUGGAGGAUGCAUGGGAAUGGCUAGAAAGUCUGGGAAAAGGCAAGGUGUACAGUACUGCUGGUGACAAGGAAAGCACUAAGAAGACUGAUAAAAGAAAUCGCAUAUCUUUGGAUGUUUCUCUCACUGUUUGCAAAGAUAAUUCAGGGCGAAGCAGCAAAGGCAAAGUCAGAGGUCAGAAAACUUUAAGCUCAGAGUUGGAUCAUCAGACGUCCUGCUGUUUGGGAAGUCAGACAAGAGAAAAGGAAAGUAAACAUUCCAAGAAAAGUCACGAGAUAAAAGCCAUAGACCUGUCCAGCUCAAGCACUGUUCAAACUGAAGAUGAGAAAAACAGGUUAAGCAAAACCAUAACACAUCAGCUCAGCCGUUUGCACGAUCUUCACAUCCAGAUAGCACAUGUAGAUCAACAGAUUUUUGAACUUGAAGAACGGCAAAAGGUGAGGAAAGCUGAGGAAGAGGCCCAGCAGAGGGUGGUAGAAGAGGAGCUGGAGCAGAUCAAGUUUUGGGAGAAUGAACUCAAGGCAGAGGAAGGUUAUGAGCAAGAGUUGCAACGACAAUUCCUUGAGAUGAGGGCGAAGGCUGUGGAUUGCAAGGCCAAACUAGAGGACUACAAGUGUGAAAUAGAGGGCUUUGGUUUUCACAAUGCUCCUCAAGAGGAUUCAGAAACAAAAUCUUCCCCAAAUACUGUCAGUCAUGUUUCAACUGUUUCCACACUGAACUUCAAUCAGCAGCAAUCUCAUCUACAUCCAGAUGUAAAUAUUAACAGGAAGUUGCAACCCAGAGUAGCCUGCAGCCCUCCACAUGCUCUAGUUCCUCCCAGUCAGAUAAAGGAACGACGGCCCACGGGACCAACGGAGCUCAGAGAGUGGUGGACACGCUGGUCUGAAGGCCAGAGCUCCAAGCCUCAGAAUAAAAACAAGGUUCUUCACCGCUCUGAGCUCACCAUUUACCUGGCCAGUACAAAGGUGUAGAAUUAAAGUGCAAAUCAAGUUUUUAAAAAAAUUUAAAAAAAAUACUACUACAAAUGGACUUCGUAGACUUACUUUAACUGCUCAGAGCAGCCAUAAUCCAGUCAAGUCACCAAGAGUGUUUUACAUUUAAUUGAACACACUUCUUAACUUGUGGACUAGUCAAGGGAUUGUACAGAGGUGCCACUGAGCCUUGCAUUGGAUUUUGUUAUAAUCAUACUAUUUUGAUCCCAUAGUCCCACAUCUCAGAGACCAUGUUCCAUAUUGCUACUGAAGGGAAUACAUGCAUUUAAGGAGAGCAUUGUUUCUUAUAUCCACGUUGCAAAGUUCAACUGUGUUGUCAGAAAACAUGUAAAAGAAAAUGUAAAGUUUAGCAAGUUGCCAUCAACUGUUGUCAAAUAUCACUAUAAACUAAGUGUUCAGUGAUGACGGGGGCUUUUUGUUCAUUUUGAUUCCACGCUGUAAACACUUGCUUUCGCAUUUACUCAAAAUUAACCAGUAAGUUCAAUCUGAAUUCUUAUUUUCAGGUAAGAUAAAAUGCCUAGUGUGGAGAAUAAUCUCUUUAUGCUUUGUUAAGUAUGUUAUCACUCAAAGACUUGAUUAUUUGAUCAGAAUGAGAAACAGGUCCACAGCUUUUCCAGUCUUCUACUUUUGUAAAUCUCCAAGUUUAAUUCUAAUAAACUGUUAAAUCCUCCACAUACUGAAGACCUCAACAGCAUCCUGCC